AUGCGAUUACUGGUGGGUCGCAAUGGAAGGACAGCUGUUAUUGCGGCUUCCUCGUUCAUUCUUGGCUACUACAUCAAUAAAUGCUCGCUGAGGCGUGUGAAUGCAGCUUCUAGCACCGCAGUGACGCAGUUUCCAGCAGCUAUGGUACCUGAUCAGCUGUCGCCGGAUAUUGGUGGUUCAAAAAUGCAACCAUCUCGUGCCUCUGAAAUAAUGCGUUACGGCUAUCCAGGCUUUGAUAAUCUACGUACUUUCGAGGACUACGUGCUUUCAUACGAUCGUCGUAACAGGACAGCGCACUGGGUUGUUGAGCAUCUUAGUCCGGACCGUUUGGUUUACCAUCCUUCGGUUGAUCGUUCAAAGUGUGAUUUUCGCGAAGAUUCCUCCAUCCAUCCGUUCUUUAAGUCCACGAAUGCUGAUUACAAGACUUUCCUUCUCAGCAAUAUGUCACCGCAAGUUGGGCGAGGAUUUAAUCGCGAUAAAUGGAAUGAACUGGAGAAACAUGUCAGGAGAUUAGCUCGAAAGCAUAAAAACGUUUAUGUUUGUACGGGACCAUUAUACCUGCCGAAAAUGGAAUCAGACGGCGCACUGUACGUCAAAUACAAAGUGAUUGGCAAAAAUAAUAUUGCUGUACCAACACACUUUUUCAAGGUUGUGCUUAUUGAGGUUGACGAUGGAAAAUUUGACCUGGAGUCGUAUAUUUUGCCUAAUGCAGUGAUACCCGAUAAUACUCCUUUAAGUACUUUUUUGGUACCAGUGAAUAGCAUCGAGCGCUCUGCCGGUUUUCUCAUUUUCGAUAAACUGCCAAAAGGUGCGCUGAGAAGGAUCAAUGGUCAGUCAAGUGGUGGCUUCCUUUGGUGA